CGUCCAGCAGCUGAUCGGUAAUCCAGAAGAAGUUUCCCCUCAGUUAGGGGGGAGCUCCACUUUGAAGCAGGAGACUCCACAACCACCCUGCAUUAAAAAGGAAGAGGAGGAACUCUGCAUCACUCAGGAGGGAGAGUGUCUUCGAGGACGAGAGGAAGCUGAUUACACCAAGUUUCCACUGAGUAUUCUCUCUGUGAAGACUGAAGAUGAUGAAGAGAAACCACAAGUAGACAACCUCUCACCUCCACUAUCAGAUAGUGAGUCUGAAGACGAGGUUGAAGAACCUUUGAGCAGCGAUAAAGACUGUGAAGGUGAUAUGAGGACUCACACUGACAACAAACACUCUGAAUGCUCUUCACAGAAGAGAGUUAAAACAUGUUUGAGCUGCUCAGUUUGUGGUGAAAGUUUGACUAAAAAGAGCCAUUUGACUCAACACAUGAGAACACACACAGGAGAAAAAACAUUUAAAUGUUCAGUUUGUGGUAAAAACUUUUCUCAAAGUAGCUCUUUGACUCAACACAUGAGAACACACACAGGUGAAAAACCAUUUAAUUGUUCCGUUUGUGACAAAAGCUUUUCUCGAAAUAGCUCUUUGACUGAACACAUGAGAACACACACAGGUGAAAAACCAUUUAUUUGUUCAGUUUGUGGUAAAAGCUUUUCUCUAAAUUGCCGUUUGACUGAACAUAUGAGAACACACACAGGUGAAAAACCAUUUAAGUGUUCAGUUUGUGGCAAAAGCUUUUCUCAAAAUAGCAUUUUGACUCAACACAUGAGAACACACACAGGUGAAAAACCAUUCAAUUGUUCAGUUUGUGGCGAAAGCUUUUCACGAAAUUGCCGUUUGACUCAACACAUGAGAACACACACAGGUGAAAAACCAUUUAAAUGUUUAGUUUGUGGCAAAAGCUUUUCUCAAAAUUGCCGUUUGACUCAACACAUGAGAACACACACAGGUGAAAAAUUAUGUAAUUGUUCAGUUUGUGGCAAAAUCUUUUAUCAAAAUACCUCUUUGACUCAACACAUGAGAACACACACAGGUGUAAAACCAUUUAACUGUUCGGUUUGUGGUGAAAACUUUUCUAUUAAGAGCCGUUUGACUGAACACAUGAGAACACACAUAGGUGAAAAACCAUUUAGUUGUUCAGUGUGCUGUAAAAGGUUCACAUAUAAUGCAGACGCAGUAAAACACAUAAAAACACACAAGGCAAAAUAACCAGUUAGCUGUUUAGUUUGUGGUAUGUUGCUCAUAUGUGGCGACAUCCACCCUACCCAGGACCUCCUCACUGCUUCUUUCACAAAUAUCUGAGGUAUUCAUACAAAUGUGCAUUAUUUGGAGCAUAAUCUUAUCUACUCAUGACCCCAUGUCUUCUCUGUAUCGGAAACCUUCCUGAACAGUAAGAUAGAUGAUGCUUCAAGUGCUUGGUUACUCCUUCUUCAGUCCAGGGACCUGGGGCCUCAUGUGUCAAGUUUGUGUACGCUCAAAAACCUGCCCUUCGCCCUUUUUGUUGAGAUGUAUCAAAACUGACGUUGUGAUGCUGGGUAACUGUUUGCAUAACAAACUGCCAAGUUCUACUCCUCAGACUGAUUGAUGUGCAAAUCAGAGACAUAUGAACAAUUAACCCCCAACACCCACAACCCAACCCCCACCUCCCUCGACAUUCGGGCAUAACAGGUUCAAUCCGGCCCGCGAGAUGAGUUUGCGAAGUGUAAAAUUCAGCUGCAUUUUUUUAAUGAAGGAAACUGCUGUUCUAAAUGUGUCCACUGGAUGUCAUAAUAGCAAUUCUGUUAGGCAAGCAAAUAAUUUAUACGGGGCGAGCAAGUAUACCAAGCAAGAGAUACACGGUAAAGCGGGGCUGUGACUCCUCCCCCUCCACCCAACGUAAAACAGGAGUAAAAUAAGCAAUCAGUAACCCCACUUAAAAUGCAGCAUGAGACACUGCACACUGACGUCUCACACACACCAGACAAAGCACUACACACAGCAGACACAAUGUCACAAGCUCCAGUAGCCUCGAACACAGAGCAAGACAAAGAUUUAAAGGAUGAUACUAACAUUGUGUCCUUAAAAAAAAAUUACAUUAACGACAAAAUAGAGGAAAACACAAAUACGCCACGUGAGCUCUGGAAAAUCCUCAACAACCAGCUUCCUGGUUGCAGCCAGGAACUAAAAACCAGACUCACCAACAUCAACAUUAAGGAGGGUGGUAGUAAGCAGACUUAACACCUUUUUCACCAGCAUAGCCACAACUCUUGUCAACAAGCUGUCCCACCACUCUGGUCGCU